GCCUACCCAGUACCCGCCUCAACCCCCUGAUCGUAAGCUGUGGCUAUUGCCACCUCUCUCACACUCGAUCGCUUCCUCCUCGUCUCUCAGUUUGCUCGCACCCAUCCCUCGGAAAGGAUUCGAUCGGGCAGCUUCUUGAUCCGGCACUGAGGCCCAAGGCAUCACGGGACUGAUGGUCAUGUGGAUCAAGGGAGAAGAUAAUGUAUAAUCCCCGGCACAUCAGAGUCAGUGUUGUUCCUGUGCGUUCCGGCAUGCAGGAGGGCACUCCGCACGCUGGCACGUCCGAGAGGAACGACGUCAAUGUAGCGCCAGAGAACAAGCAGAAAAGGAAAGUAUUCCACCUGGAUCGACUGCAGGAGGCUUAUGUUGCUCGGUGCCAGAAAGAAAGGAACCCGAACACCAGUCCCUUGGAGGAGGACAUAGGCGAAGACCUUCUGUAUCAGAACAUUCUAAGAGCAAAGCAGAGGAAGUCAAGUAGAUCGAGCAGCUUACACUCGAACCCUGGAAGUGCUGAAGGAGAAAGGUGGGCAGGAGAAGGAGGAGAGGAAGGAGAAGGGGAGAAGGAAGAAGAGGAGGAGAAAGUAGAGGGAGAGAAGGAGGAGCGCCAGGAGGAUGGGGAGGAAUGCGGAAGCAACACCUCGGUUGAAGUUCGAAUCGGAGAAGGGACUUGA